AUGGUGAAACAGAAACCACCAACAAACUUUGCACAGGUUGUACCGCUUCGAAAUCUACUUCAGCCUCAUUUAAUUGCAAUGGAAUUUUUUCUUAAACGAGUUCCUGCAUUUAGUCGAGCCUUGGGAGAUUUCGAUUCUGAUUCUGAUGAUGAUGCCGACAAUGAUAUUGAACCAACUCAUGAAGAAUUAACUGUAUCAUUCAGUAACGAGAAAAAUGAAGAAUUGAAUGUUAAUCAACUAUAG